ACACACAGUGGGAGAGAGAGGGGGAGAGAGCAAACGAGAGAGCGAGCAGCACACAGAGUAGGAGGGGGGGUAGCGAGCCACAGACGAGAGAGAGAGCGCGCACAAGCGCCGAGCUGCCGACAUCCACCGUCACCGCCGCGGUUGUGAAGCUCUUCCCGCCGUCAUGAACCCUCCGUGCGCGAGAUGCGACAAGAUCGUGUACCCGACGGAGAAAGUGAGCUGCCUGGACAAGGUGUGGCACAAAGCGUGUUUCCACUGCGAGGUCUGCAAGAUGACCCUGCAAAUGAAAAACUACAAGGGAUACGACAAGAAGCCUUACUGCAGCGCGCACUACCCCAAACAGACGUUCACCACGGUGGCGGACACCCCCGAGAACCUGAGACUCAAGCAGCAGAGCGAACUACAGAGCCAGGUGAAAUACAAGGAGGACUUCGAGAAGAGCCGGGGAAAGGCGUUCAGCCUCGUGCCAGACACUCCCGAGCUGCGGCGCAUGAAGAAGGCGCAGGAGCAGAUAAGCAACGUGAAGUACCAGGACGCGGGGGGGGUGUCAGUGGGGGCCGCCGCGCCUGACCGCCCCGCGGGGGGCCGUGCCAUCCCCGGGGGUCGCCACGCCGGCUACCCCCAGCUGGGGAAGGCGGCCGUGGGGGGCGGUCAGGCGAGACAGACAAGCGUGGCCCCCCAACAGGGAACGCUACCCCCCAUGACGGCCCCCCACCCGCUCCACCACCGCCCCCCGGUGGACGGCACGUUCCGCGCGCUCUACGACUACGUGGCUGCGGACGAGGACGAGCUGAGCUUCGCCGAGGGGGAGCUCUUCUGUAACGUGCAGCGGAUCGACGACGGCUGGCUCUACGGCACGGUGGCACGCACCGGAGCCACCGGCAUGCUGCCCGCCAACUACGUGGAGCGCACCUGAGCCUCCGCCCCCCCCCCCCCACUCCCCCCCGCCCCCACCUGCUGAACCUGUGUGAUUGCUUGAGUGAACCUGACUCGGGUGAGAUCACGAGUGAGCCUGAACUCACCCGGGUGAGAUCACGAGUGAGCCUGAACUCACCCGGGUGAGAUCACGAGUGAGCCUGAACUCACCCGGGUGAGCGCACGAGUGAGCCUGAACUCACCCGGGUGAGAUCACGAGUGAGCCUGAACUCACCCGGGUGAGAUCACGAGUGAGCCUGAACUUACCCGGGUGAGCGCACGAGUGAGCCUGAACUCACCCGGGUGAGCGCACGAGUGAGCCUGAACUCACCCGGGUGAGCGCACGAGUGAUCCUCUGCUCACCUGUGAGCACGAGUGAGCCUCUGUUCACCUGUGAGCACGAGUCACCCUGUGAGCGUGAGCGAAUCUGUGCUCACGUGAGUGAAGUUUGGCUUGAGCUGAGAUCACUGGAGUUCACCUAAGAUCACCUGAGAUCACGUGAGGUCACCUGAGUGAACCUGGGUUCAUCCCAGUGAUGCUGACCUCACCUGGGCUGACUGAACUGAUCUUACCUGAACUCACCUGAACACGUGAGCUCAUCUGAGCUCUCCUGAGCUCAUGCGUCGAGCGGCGGCUUCUUCAUCACGUGACAUUGCCUAAACGUAACAGUGGCGCUCCUCGACAAGUUCCAGGUGAUGUCGUCCGUCUCCCAUAAUGCACCUCAGCAGCCUCAGUUAUGAUACCACAGAAACCUCCGGCCGUUCUCAAUUCCCCAAUAUUGUGCAUUGAGAACGGGCGCCACUCCGCACCAUGUCGGUAGCGGUGGAUCGAUUGACCGUAGUUCAGCACGCUGGUCAGUGCCGAUUCGUGGAAAGGGGCACGCAUGACCCGUUCAGAAGGGUUUGCUGUACUCGCUCAAUUGUUGCACCAAGGGACUGCCUACCUGUUCUCAUGCCAAUUGAAAAUCAUCAACUUUCUGGCGACAUCUCUCAAGACACCACGGUGUGUGAGGUGCGAUCUUUAACGCCGGGUCCGGAUCCAAGUGAUCAGUCGUGCCAAUCAGAAUCUCUCCAGAAAGCGUGCAACUGUAAUAAUCGCCCGCGACUCCUUUGUCCACAUCGGGGAGAGCAGUUGCGCAUUGAGGAAGUUGCACGUAUGCAUGUUGAUCUUCUUUCUCACCGUACGUCACCAACCGUGCGAAUCGAGGGUGCGGGGUAAGAACAAAGGUAAAAUGGCACGUUCAGGAUUGUAACCACCAAUCACAGUGGCUCGCCAACGCAUGGCACGUGAUUAAAUACGCCGCUAAAAACAUCGCCGAGCAGAUCGAGGCUUGAAGGCAACCGGUUGAGCGACCGGUUGCAACUGGUUGCCGAAACGUCCUCGCACAAGCAAUCCAGUUGCAUGCAUUGCAACCAAGUUGCUCAACCGUAGGUGAGGAGCCGGCUUGAAUGGGAGUCGACCUCUGUGACCUGGCUGCCAUGGAGAUGGGACAUUGCUCAAGUUGUUUAAAAUGUCCUCUUUCAUUUGUGCUUAAACACCAAUGCCAUUUUUGUUUUUAAUCUUCAGGCAGCAGGAGACAGGAGUUUGGGAGGGAGGUCGGUGGGUGCACAAUAAUAACAUUGAUUUAUCCAGGGGAACUUCUUUCGCACCGUACGUAGCCAACCGUGCUAAUCGGAGAUGGAGGGGGGGGGGGGACAGCAACACUAAACACAAAAAAAAUCAGCUCUAAAGAAAUGGCUUUUCAAUCGAGAUUAUUUAAAAGUGCACAGCUCCAGUGGCUUCCGAUUAUAAUGGAACGAAAGAGCGUUCCAAUCCUCGCUGAAUCUCAAGACAUCUUUUCGGGAGGAUCCUGCAACAGUUGGGGAUGUUGGUUCAAUUGCCAGUGGGAGGAAGCCUGCAAUGUGCAUGGGGACAGCACUCACAGGUGCACACAAACAGGUUCACAAAGAACCCAGUUGCUGUGCCGCUGCCACUCCUGUCCUAAGAGGCUUUGGUGGGGGGGGGGGGGGGGGGUUGCGGCAUGCAACAUCGAUUGCAUCGAUUAAAAUAGAUGAUUGCGCUUGCAGGAACGCGCGUCGAGAAUCAAACUCGGGUCGCCGGGUUCACGACGCAGCGACGAGUUGACCCGCUUCGUCCACCCCCCCACCACCCACCGCCCCCACCGCCCCCACCCCCUGUUUAUUUAUUUAUCAAUUAACGUGGAGUCGCUCUGUUCGCGCGGGGAGAUUUACACGGGCGAGAGGCAAUUCGUGGCUUCAAUUGACGCGCGAAUUAAGCGGAUAAUUUAUUGCCGGCGGCGGUGACAGCGGCGGUGCGUGGCCCGUGACUCGAGCGGCGCAGUGACGGGGGCUAGGGGGUUGGUGGAUCAUGCAAAGACCACGGUGUAACGUGCGCCUCUUUAUAUUUUGCCCAGGAGAUGGAUGUCCAGCAAGUAGGUUGGACGAAUCGGUGGCUAAAUGUAUUCGGCACGGGGGUGGGGGUGUGCUAGACCUGACGAGACAAUAAAUGCCUUGUGGGUGAGGAGCACAGCAUUACCUGGAAUGAAGGAGGGGUGGGCGCGGCGUGGAUGGGUGGGUGUGUGUGUGUAUGUGUGUGUGUGUAUGUGUGUAUAUGUGUGUAUGUGUAUGUGUGGGGGAGUGGAGGGGGUAUUUAAAGUUUACUUCGUUUCGCCCAAUUCGCAUUCGCCAAAAAAGACAAACCGCAAUGGGCGUGAUUCACGAGCGGUCCGUUUGUGCUGUGUGAAGAUGAGACGAACCUGUGGGGGGUGGGGGGGGGAGCGCUUUACGAACGCCUUGACCCGAACAAACGUCGACGUCGUCGUCUUUGGCGAUAACAAAACUCGCGGCGAGGUUUCGUUUAAACAAAACACAAAGAAACCAGUCGGACACACGGACGAAAGUCGACGAAUGAGCGUUGUUGCACAACGAAGAUGCGAAGCUGCGCUGCAACUCUCGCUGCGCGGUCGUCGGGCGGGUGAACGACGGAGAGAGAGAGAGAAAAAAACCACAAACACAAACAAAAGCACAAAAUCUGCGGGCACAAGACACAAACAAAGUUGUAGGCUGGCAAGUCGCCCGGGGUUCCUCCUGCAGGCAGAUUUCUGGCGGGAUGUGCACGGGCGUCAGUGCGCGGGGACUUUCGUCGCUUCAAUGCGGAGGGGCGGGCGGAUCGUGGCGUCGAGAGGGGCAGGGAUGGGGUCUAGCAGCCGAUGGCUUCACGUCGGCUCUCCGUGGGUCAGUAGAGAGGUGUUGCUCGUCUGAGCAGAAAAAAAAAUAAAGAUUAAAAGUAGCGUUUGUAACAAAAAAUAACACAAAAAAAUAUACAAAUAAAAAGGCUGUAGUGAGUAGAAGAUGCAAAUCUU